CACAGCGUGAUCAUUGGAUUUCCCGAACCGACCCGACUUUGUGUCCUUACAGUCGGAGCACCUCCGAGCAAUUGUGCCGAGAUCAAAGGCAGAUUCUGGGAGGUCACGCUGGGAUAGAGUAGGAAUAAAAUACAGCGGGGCAAAAAUGGAAAAUAUUUUUGUUUGCACGCAGAGUAGGGGAUGAAGGAGAAAGAGAGAGAGGGACACACACAUACACACGCAUACACACCGAAAGAGGCGAGUCUUCGCUCCAUCCUCACUCUGUGAAUGUCUCCACAUCAUCAUCAUCACCAUCAUCAUCAUCAUCAUCAGUGUCUCACCGCUGGCUGCUACUCUGUGACAUUUCGCUACGUUCAGCUACAGUUGCGUCGUUUAAGCUGCAUGGUCCUGUACAUGGACAGGACGUCACACAUCGCUAAAGAAGAUAAACUAAGCUGUACGUUGAACACAGAAAUAUACCCAGCCAUUUGGCCGCUUGCGAGGAAAUCGCUCGUUUUCCCAUUUUUAUUUACCCUUUAUUUAUUUUUUGUCAGCACACGCAGAAGAAGGAGAUUUACAAAUGCCAACCAGCAAGCCAGGAGGUGUGGCACCGUGGCCGUGUGUCGUUUGUUGUGCGACGUGGACCGGUCACUUUGCUUCUGAAGAUGUGAGGGAAAAAAGGAAACCAAGAGUCCGUGCAACUUCAUACGUCACACGUGAUCACCACAGCAACUAAUUGUCGCCUUUAAGUAGGGGACUUUACCUGCGCUCUCGUGGAACUUGGGGAAGGGUGCGCUCCAUGUUUCAUCUAGGACACACCGGUACCGACGGUGCCGGCGGGACGUUGAAAUAAUAAUAAAAAUACACUUAUAAUAAUAAAAAGAGAAGAAAACAAUCAGCAUUUUAGCGGGGGACUUGAGGCGGGCAGCUUCGCGCUGUGGACCGAGUGAUGCCGGACACGUUGAUGCUCCUGAAGAACCGGACAGAGCCACGGCUGGGGCAGCUGGAGCGCAGCCUGCCCGCGGAGGGGACCGCUCGCCCUGCCUGGGUCAUUGCUAUCCUCGCCAGUGUCUUGAUCUUCACCACGGUGGUUGAUGUGCUAGGAAACCUGCUGGUCAUCAUCUCGGUGUUCAGGAACCGCAAGCUGAGGAACGCAGGUAAUGUGUUCGUGGUUAGUCUGGCAUUUGCUGACCUUGUGGUAGCCUUCUACCCCUAUCCCCUGGUUCUUUAUGCUCUCUUCCAUGACGGCUGGGCACUUGGAAACACUCAAUGCAUGGUCAGCGGUUUCCUUAUGGGGCUGAGUGUCAUUGGCUCCAUCUUCAACAUCACUGGGAUUGCAGUGAACAGAUACUGCUAUAUCUGUCACUCCUUCUCCUACAGCCGACUGUACAGCUAUCGCAACACGUUGCUGUUUGUUGCCUUAAUUUGGGUGCUCACUAUCGUCGCCAUCGUCCCAAAUUUCUUUGUUGGUUCUCUGCGCUAUGACCCCCGGGUCUACUCCUGCACCUUUGCCCAGAAUGUCAGCAGUUCCUACACGGUGGCAGUGGUAGUGGUUCACUUUCUGGUUCCCAUUGCAGUAGUUACCUUUUGUUAUCUUCGCAUUUGGAUUCUUGUGAUUCAGGUGCGACGCAAAGUAAAGACUGAAGACAGCCCUCGUCUCAGACCAAGUGACUUGCGGAAUUUUAUCACCAUGUUUGUUGUAUUUGUCUUGUUUGCAAUCUGCUGGGCCCCACUCAACUUGAUAGGAUUGGCAGUGGCUAUAGAUCCAACUCGCGUGGGUCCCCACAUCCCCGAGUGGCUUUUUGUUGUAAGCUACUUCAUGGCCUACUUCAACAGCUGCCUGAAUGCCAUCAUCUAUGGUUUACUCAACAGGAAUUUCAGGAACGAGUACAAACGCAUCGUCACCUCUGUCUGGGUGACGCGGCUGUUUGUGACAGAGACGUCGAGGGCUGCCACGGACGGCAGGAGCAUGAGGAGCAAGCAAUCACCGCCCCCGCCGCUCAACAAUAAUGAGUCAGUCAGAGACCGUGCAAACAAAGAAUGAACCUUGGAUACUUGAGGGUUUCAUGUGGUAAUUCCUGUUUUUAUGUGAUAUCAAGGCAGUUGUGCAGCUAAAGAGUAACAAGAAACUAAUGAAACUGGAAACUGUGGCUUUGUUUCCUAAUUCACAGCAGAGAUUUGAACACUUAUAAAACACACAAAGCUUACGAAGGUCUCUGAAGUGCUUUUAGAAUUAGCUCAUCUUUUAAAGAGAUGACAACGUGUGUUCUGCCAGAGUCAAUCACAUCCACAAAGCAAAAAGCCCAGCAUUGCAGUUUCAUUAUGUACUUAUUACUCUUGACAGACUAAUUGGUACUAUAUGAUAACAAUGAAAAUGGGAUAUCCUUUAACUUCUGCUGCUGUAGACGUGUUUCACAGACCUGGGUAAGCACCACUAGUAAACACAUUUUUAGUAACUUCAAACGCCUCAAAUAAUUAAACUCGCCUCACCUGGAAGCUUUAGAAGGAGCUUUUCAUAACAGAGAUAGGAGAAUGACAGAUAGUAAAGUCUGUGAUUUUAUUAUCAGAAUUUUACAUGUUAUAUGGUUAGAUUUACUCUCUCAACAUAAAUGCUGCAGUAGCAUACCUUAUACUGCCUAGUUUGAUCGUUUUUGCACUAAAAUAACAGGAAAAAGAACUUAGUAAAAAACAACUUAGUAAAUGAAUUCAGGAUAUUAAUUAAGGUUUGUUUGACAAGUUAAAUCUAUCAUCAAGUCACCUCAUAGGAGUUUUUAAUUUUUUAUUGUUUUUUAAUCUUUUGCAUGUGAUGUGGCAUGUGGAGGAAACCUUACUCUUGUUGCUGUUCCAGUGCACAAACCCACAGUUUUCAGCUAUUGUAAUCUGAUCUAUAGCCUUAGCAGAAAACUAUAUACAGUGAGAGGCAUAAUUUUGUAAAACAUAAUUUAUUUCAUAAUUUGGUUAAUCAACAUAAGCAUGUGACUUUAUUGUACUUUUUAUUAACGUCUUACUUCAUAAAAUGAAGUAACACACUGCCUGGCCAACAAAAAGAAAAAAGGUCUCACACUAUAAUAUUUUGUUGGACCGACUUUAGCUUUGAUUACAGCAAUGAGCUUCUGCACUAUCACAAGCUGUAUUUCCAUCCAGUGUUGAAUCAAUUUUUCACCAAGAGCUUGCACUGAUGAUGGUUGAGUCCAACGACUGUGCAAAGCUUUCUCCAAAGAUUCUUAAAGGUGAUAGGAUCUGAAGUUUGGUGGCAAAUCCAUGUGUAAAAAUUCCUCAUGCUCCCUGAGUUCUACUGUUGUUUUUCUGCAAUUUGAUUUCACUAACCACUGAUCAUAAUCAUUCAGGAUUUUUUCGUGCCACAUUUCUUCCUCACAGACAAUGGGUCCCCACUAUCAUUCCAAUGGACUCGUAACCAAAUUUCAAUAGUUUCUGAAAUCCCAUUGGCUGUUUUCUCUGCAUGAUGCAUGCUAAUAAUUUGACCCUUCUCAAACAGACUGAUAUCUUUUCCAUGACCACAGGAUGUGUUUGUCCAAAUGGUUGGUUAAGAAAUGAGAAGCUACUGAUUGCACCGGUUCGAAUUAAAUAACUUGUUGUCAGCUGAAACAUGAUUUCCCAUGCUGUAGUUAUUCAAUAGGAGGCUUGUAUCUAUUUGGUUAGUUAAAUCUAGGUGGUAACCUAUUUUUUUUUUUUUUUGGCCAGACAGAGUAGUAUACCUGUUCAAAGAGAUUAAUUAGCUAACAAUCAGGUUAAAGUAACAUUUAAAUACCUGCAAAUAAAGCAGAAUUCUAUUGCUAGAAAGACUGCUUAAUUAAGUAAAUGAUUACAUCUAAGGUUAUCAUGCAUGGGCAGGUUAAUGAACUUUGCGACCCUUUUGGUUCUCAUGAAGGCAGUUGAUAGUUUUCUUGGCUUCUCCUCUAUCUUUCUCAUUAUUUUUAUCCAUUCCUGGGAAGUAGGGCAGAGAUUAAACACUUUUUUUCCAAAGUGGAUUGUGAGUGAAUUAUAAGCUUUAAUAAUUUAGACAGCAAGCAUGUAAAAUACAAGCUAUAUUGCUCUCUGUUACUCUAGCUUGUCUGAAUAUUUCUAUUUGACAAUGACUCGUUUUUGGAGAAACAUUUAUGAUAAUUGCUUUUAUUAAUCAAUAUCAAAACAAUGUACAACAGCAACACAAAACCAGUGUACUCUGCAAUGAUCAUCAAUUCUUGAUCUUUGUUUUAGAGCUCUGUUUUUAUAACAUCCUUAAAAUCUUAUUGGUAAUAUCCAGCUGAAUAUUGGUGAACUGUGGUUGUUUUCUGGUUGGCUGUAACUUUUAAGUAAUGCUCAAUUAGGACUAAAAGUCCCAAAAAAAAUACCACCAAACCCUUGCACCAUCGUCAGGUACCUGACCAUCGAUACAGGUCAGGAUGGAUCAAUGCUUUCCCGUUGUUUAUGCCAGAUUGUUACAUAAACAACACAUGUUGAGACUAAAAUAGAGACUCGACAAAACAUUAAAUUGUCUUACAAUAUGUUAAUUUUAAAGGAUAAUGCAUCUGCUUAGACUGUUGUCUCAGUUUCCAAUUCUUAACUGACAGUAGCAUCUGGUAGGGCCUUCUGCUGUUGUGGCCCAUCAAUUUCAAGCUUCAGCAUAUUCAGUGCCAGUGAGCCACCUAUCCUAUUCCUUUUAUCAUCCACACAACACUUACUGAGUGCUUUGUCUUUUUUAAAUCAUUUUGUUUGAGCUUUAGGGAUGGUUGUGUGUGAAAAUCUCAAUAAAUCAAAAGUGUUUUAAAUAGUUAAAACAGUCCGUCAAGCAUGGCACAUGGCACAUUUCAGGUCACUUAAAUGGUCACUGUUUUCAUCCUCAAUCUAAUGCUUAGUUUACAAUUCAGCAAGCUCCCCAAACCAUGUUUAGAUUCCUAAAUGCAUUGAGUUGAUGCCAUGUGAUUGGCUAAUUCUCUAUCUCUGUUAACAAGCAAUUUAUUAAACAAGUGUAUCUGAUGAAUUGACUGUCUCAGCUUUAACUUUCAGUCCCAAACAAGGGGCAAUGGCUCUGGUAGAUCCCUGCUUCCCUUAGUAACACUUGCAGAAGAUUCCAUGUUGGAUGGAUGAAAGCCACUGGCAGGGACAAGACCUUAUUUUCCUCCAAUUUGCCAAUGCAAACACCAUAUGUUAUGGUGUACUGCAACAUAUUUUACAGUACACCAUAGUUAUAGUUUUAACAAAUCUGAGUUUAUUUAAAGUAACAAAUACCAAUUUUACUGCCUCCAUAUUUAUAAAUAAGUUAAAAGAUAUUCCUUAAUAGGAAAAAACAUUUUUGGCAUUUUGUAUUUGAAAAGUCAAACAGAAGGACAGAGACUUCUCAUUAAAGAGCUCUGUGCACUGAUGUCAAUCACCAACUAAAUCUAAAUGCAAUAACUAUCUUUCAAUUUCACCAAAAAGCCCAGUGCAGCUGCAUGGGCAUGAUUCUUUAUGCACACCAACACAUCACUAUGCAACUCAAAUGCAGUGUUUGUCACAGUUCAAGGGAUUCACAGCGGUCGGAGUGAACUGAUAACAGAGUCUAUCAGCUUAGGACAGCUGUAUUUCCAGAUGUCACAGCAAAUCACAGAUUUAUCAUGAAAAAGAUGAAUGAUGUUGCUGGUUUCCAGUCUCUCAUAUGAAAAAGAGGUCAAGAUUUCUCCUGGUCUACUAAGUUAGUAUAUAUUCCGUACCAAAACAAUCAACUGUCCUUAGCAACAUGUAUAUUGGUUUCAUACAGUAUAUUGGUUUCCUCUGCAUUCUACAUCAUAUGCUGCACAGUAUGUGCAAGUCUCUUGCAGUUUGAGUUCUUACUCUUAAUUCUAAUACUUAUAUGCAAAACAUUAGGCUUUCCUUUUUAAGAUCAUUUUUCUUUCCUUUUUUUUUUAAAUAAACAAAACCAAACUAUAUUACCAGGGAUGUAGUACUUCAAUCCUUUCACUGUGGAUUUAACACAAAGAAAUAUGAUCAGCUGUUUAAGGAAAAGUGUAAGGAGUUGGUCUCUUUGUACUUUUAAAUUUGACCAACUGAUAUUUAUCACGUCUUUAUCAAAGAGUGAUUCAAACAACUUGGAUUGUGGAGAACAUACAGCUCAUAUCUGUAUUCCCAUCUCAGGGUGCCUAUUGAAUAUUUUGUUGUUAUAUAUACACUUGUCCGAACAUUCGCAGUUGAUCAGCUGCAGUAUAAGGGAGUCUGAAGACAUUUAAAAGGAAUAUUUUGUAAAUUAGUGUCAGUGUGGUUUUUAACUGUUGUAUAUUGUUAUCGGAGAUGUAUUUAAAAUGUGCUUUUCUAAAAAGAAAUUAUAUAUAUAUAUAUAUAUAUAAGCUCAGUAAUCCCUACACAGUUAAAUGUAUGUUCUUGAUUAUUACUUAAUCUCUCCUCCCAUUAUACUGCAUUUGCUAAGUGCAUCUAAAACAUGUCUUGUACAUUGGGCUCAUUCAUCUUAUUUGUACAAUGUAAAUUGAUAUAUAUAGAAAAAAAUAUAUCUCUUAAACUGGAAAAUUUGAAAAGGAAUGGCAAAGUACUGUAAUAUGUAAAUUGCUUUUGAGAACAUCAUACAUCCUCUUAAACAAGGUUAAAAAAAGUGCAAGCCAUAGGUCAGAAUGUUACUUUGAUAUAUGCCGAGCUCACAGCCAGUGUUCUAGUACACAUUUUUUGAUGGUCUCAGUCUUGUCUCGGUCUCGAGCGCUGAGGAUUCGGGAUUUUACUUCAAGACCAGUCAAGACCGCAACUGUGAAAAUAUCACUAAACCUACAGCAUACUGUCCAGUUUAUUUGUUAACAUGUUUGUUUUCACUGGAUGCAAAAUGCACCGAUUAAAAUCCAAGCAAUUAGUGACUUACCAAUUUCGUGUUUCUGUUA